AUGAAGUGCCUAUGCGAAAGCCAGACAUACAGCAAGAACUUUGAAGCGUGCACUAAGCAAACGUGUUCAGUGAAGGACUUCCUAGUCGCAUACCGUGUGCGGGAAACCACAUGCGAGAUACCUGCGCGCAACGAGGGUGAAACCACCAAGCACGCAUCCUGGGCUCUGUUUGCGAUCGUUCUGAUGGCGGUCGUUGCACGCUUCGUCUUCCGAGCGCCCUCUGUGAGCGGCAGUGGAUACGGUGCAGAUGACCAUACAAUUGCGCUGGCCUUUCUCUUGAUGAUACCACUGAGCGUGAUCACUCACGAGCUCACACGGAUGGGUCUUGGUCGGGAUAUCUGGCGGCUUCCUUUCGAGAACAUCACCAACAUAAUGUACUCCUAUUGGGUCGGCCAAUUCCUGUACGUCUGGAUUAUGAGUAUGACGAAGAUCUCCAUCCUGGCUCUGUACCUACGAGUAUGGAUAGCGGAUCCCAUUGUUCGCAGAGACUGGUUUCGCUUGGCGUGUUCUGGUAUGAUUAUCAUCCUGGCCUCAUACGCGGUCGUGAUGAGCCUCACCUUGGGCUUUGAAUGCAACCCUAUCAAUUUUACUUGGCUGAGAUGGGAUGGCGAACACGAAGGAACCUGCAUCGAUCUGAACGCCCAUGGACUAGCCCUGGCAGCCUUCAACACAGUGCAAGAUCUCAUCAUCUGCCUUCUGCCCCUUCCAAAGCUCUUCGCCUUCGACCUUUCGCUUCGGGACAAGCUCAUAGUAGGGACUAUGUUCUCCGUUGGCCUCUUUCUCACAAGUUGCUCUAUCGUCAGGCUCCAGUACGUGAUUCAGCUGGACACGACGGACAACCUUACGUUCGCAUACAAUCCUGUCUGCCUCUGGAGCACAAUCGAAUGCGGCGUGGCAAUUAUCUGUGCUUGCCUUCCGUCUGUCGUGGGCCUGGCACAACACGCCUACGGGUACAAGCUGUCGGCUCAAGAACUGAUUGACAGAGCUUCGUGUCUCAGUGAGUGCAAAGCUGGACCAAAUCAGCCUUGGCAUGAAUUGGAGAGUCCGGUGCUAGGAAGGGACAUGGUUCGCAUCAAAGGACCUUUUGUCAGAGAAAUCUCUGAGUGGGAUUGA